GGGACUUCGACGAUGAAAGUGCGGCUGAACCGGUUUCUAAAUUUGAAAAAAGGUCAUGGUUUGUUGGUUAAAGUGCCAUUUCUGUAUGCGACUCUGAAAGCUAAAUAUCCGCUAUGAAUGCUGAUUAAACGAUAUUGUACUGAAGAUAAGGAGUUGUUAGUUGUCUGUAAAUUAGAGAGUUUUAGGUUAAAUUUCAUAUAUGCUAACUACCCGUUUAACUCUGCAGUUAAGCUUUUUAGCGUCUUCUUAAAAUGCAGCCGCUAUCUAAUCGCUGUUAGCUUGUUGGAUACGACGGUCAAGUGUAAUUGAAUUAGUCAUUUCAGCCAUAUAAAUGUAAGGAUUCUGUGCCGUAAAAACAUUGUUUGAAGUACUGAUGGUGCGCUCCUGCACAAGGCGUAGCCUCCAGUUGCAGGAUUUUGGAGCUGUAAUUAACUCAGGAAUCGUAGCUGCAUAUAAAAACAUGCAGUUGCAGUUCUGCUGUCUCACACUCUGGUCUCAGAGUAUUUGUCGGCAAGCAGAACAAGACAGGUUUUUAUGCAUGGCAGAAAAAGGGUUAGGAUCGUGUGCAUAACACAUUCCUGUAAAGUUUUCUGUAAACCAGAAUAGCCAUGAUCAUGUACAGACAAGUCUGUUGAGUAUAAGAAUAUAUGCAUUACUAGGUUAACUUUUGGUGGGCUUUUUGUGGCGCUCUGUAAUUUGCUGGGAUGGUUAGACGAGAGGUUGAUGCUUAUGAAUAGGGAAACUGACUUCUGGGUGCGGAGCUAGGAGCUGCUAGGAAAUGUAGGGGCUGGGCACUAAGCUGUUUCUGCGGCAGGGAAAGGGGAAAAAGGCUGGGGCUGGGCCAGAGGAGCUGCAGGAUGACAACCUCGGUGUUCAUUGCGGUGGGAGCUGUCCUGGUCUCCACUGUGGGUCUUGCCCUGGGUGCUUAUGUUAUGAAAAGGAAGAAAACCAAGCUGAUCACACUGCUUGAUCCCGCCAUUAAAUACGCCUUGAAGCUCAUCGACAAAGAGACAAUCAGUCAUGACACCCGACGGUUCCGCUUCGCCCUUCCCUCCCUGGAGCAUGUUCUGGGCCUUCCUGUUGGGAAGCACGUGUACCUUUCAGCCCGCAUAGAUGGGAAUCUUGUGGUGCGUCCAUACACGCCAGUAUCCAGCGAUGACGACAAGGGAUUUGUGGACCUUGUAGUGAAGAUCUAUUUUAAGAACAUCAACCCUAAGUUCCCAGAGGGUGGCAAGAUGUCCCAGUACUUGGAAAGUCUGCAGCUGGGAGAGAUGGUGGACUUCCGGGGACCUGGUGGACUACUGGAGUACAAGGGCCAAGGGGAGUUUGCAAUCCAGCCAGACAAGAAGUCUCCUGCAGAGACGAAGGUGGUCAAAUCUCUGGGUCUGAUUGCAGGGGGAACAGGUAUCACCCCUGUGCUGCAGCUGGUACGGGCGAUUAUGAAGGACCCCACUGACCAGACUACCUGCAGCCUGCUGUUUGCCAACCAGACGGAGAGAGACAUCCUCCUCAAAGACGAGCUGGAGGAAAUCCAGGCCAGGUACCCAGACCGCUUCAAGCUGUGGUUCACCGUGGACAAAGCCCGCGAUGACUGGGAGUACAGCCAGGGUUUUGUCAGCGCCGACAUGAUCCGGGAGCACCUGCCUGAAGCUGACGAUGACAACAUGGUUCUGAUCUGCGGCCCACCACCCAUGAUCCAGUUUGCCUGCAACCCCAACCUGGACAAGCUGGGCUUCCGGCAGAGUCAGCGCUUCAUCUACUAGCCCGCAGUCCUGAGCUGCGUCUCGAUUUGAACCCAAAGAAGUGGGCGUCGCCCACAUGCACUUAGCUGCUCAGAAUAGGCCUUGUAUCAUAUCUAAUUGCACAAUGAAUUAAAACAUUAGUAAAAAGAGUCUUGAAAUAUGGUAUUUUGUUUUAAAAUGCUUUAAUGGCAGUCUCUUUCGCAGGUGUAGUCAGAGCUGUAAUGUUUGGCAGGCAUAAGCUUUGUUUCUGUAUCCUCAACCUGGGGCGUCUUGCUAAAUUAGAGAUUUGAAACUUGCAUUCAAAAAAGUGAUAUAGAAAUAAUGAUGGUGGAUUUAUGCUAACAAUACAGGGAAACCUGAUGCUUUCGUUACGCACCUUGUGGCAUUUGCACAAGGCCUCAUUGAGAUAGAGCAAGACUGUCCCAAGUGGCAAGUGCUUUAAACUAUGUAAUGUGCCUUGAUGCAUGUGUUUCUGUGUGUAAUGUGAAAUAGCAUCCCUCCCUUCAGUUUGAGGGAAAUAACCAGGGAUUCACAUAACUGGUACGCAUUCACCUUUAAAAAGUAUGCGUGUGACAAUCGAUUGUUUGUAAAAGCUAAAAUGCAUGCUUUGUGUGCAGUUGCGCUGCUAUGACAAGAAAAUACCUUGCAUUGUAACCUUUAUACCGUAAAUGAAGUAGUUGGCAUAUAAAGAUAAAAAUGCAUUAUAUUUUGUCAGCACAAAUACACCUGAAAAAGUAGGCAUUUAUGCAGUUACCUCAAUCGAUUUUCGAACAUAGCGUUUUUAAAGGUGAAGGCGUACUUGUGCCUUUUUAUGUGCAUCCCUGAAAAUAACACAUUUGUAGAAGUUAUUUUUAAAAUAACAUAUCCAUCUUGGAGGUGUUUCAUGAAAAUUAAUUGCCGCACUGUCAAUUUUCUGUUUUGGCUUCUUAGAUAAUGCUGGCAACAUACAGUUACCCUGUAGGAGGGCUGCAGACUUUGUUCGGUUUUCCCACUUUCGGUUGAAAGUUUGCUUUUGUUAAUGUGAGAUGCAGUGAGAAAAUUGGCCCCGCCUCUGAAUUAUCUGCACCUGAAACUGCCCAGUGAUUUUUCCGUAUGACCAUAUGCUGACAUCCAAUCAGAUGACAACUGUGACUCUGUGGGACUUCUGGGGUGUGAAGACUACACGAAUAUCUUUGUAUGUCUUGGUUUUUCAAACCUUCAAGUUCCAAAAUGUAUUGCAGAAUAUUCAUCAUUAAACUUGCUACUUUUAAA